GUGGCGCUCAAUGUUUAUCACGCAGAGGAAGAUGGCGGAGUCCGAGGAACCGACGGCACCUUCCUGCACGUUUCUCUUCAAAAAAACAACAAGAAAAUUCGCAGGCCGAAAGCGAAAAGUUAGCGAAAGCGACAAAGAUGGCAGCAGCGGGUCAGACGACCAGAGCUCUGUGGUCAGGAAAGAGAAGAGAGACACGCGGGUCAAUCCCAUGAUCCAGAAGUCGAAGAAAGUGGAGCGUGGCAACGUCUCGUGCAGCGACAGCGACGAAGAGAACGCCAACAAGAUCACGGUGUCCUACAAAUCCUCACGCUGCGCGAAACCGGAGGGUCCAGAGGACAUGGGGGCGACUGCCACGUACGAGCUGGACACGGAGAGGGACAAAGACGCUCAGGCCAUUUUUGAGAGGAGCCAGAAAAUUCAGGAGGAGCUGACAGGGAAAGAGGACGACAAAAUCUACCGGGGCAUCAACAACUACCAGAAGUUCAUCAAACCCAAAGACACAACAAUGGGCAACGCCUCCUCAGGCAUGGUCAGGAAAGGGCCAAUCCGGGCCCCUGAGCACCUGAGGGCCACGGUCAGGUGGGACUACCAGCCUGACAUCUGUAAAGACUACAAGGAGACCGGCUUCUGUGGCUUUGGAGACAGCUGCAAGUUCCUCCACGACAGAUCUGACUACAAACACGGUUGGCAGAUCGAGCGAGAGCUAGAGGAGGGUCGAUACGGCGUCGACGAGGAAGAGAACUAUGAGGUCAGCAGCGACGAAGAAGAUCUGCCCUUCAAGUGCUUCAUCUGCCGAGAUUCUUUCAAGAAUCCUAUUAUCACAAAAUGCCGUCACUAUUUCUGCGAGGCCUGCGCUCUGCAGCAUUACCGCAAGUCCAAGCGCUGCUACGUGUGCAACACUCAAACCAACGGUGUCUUCAACCCAGCUAAAGAGCUGAUGGCGAAAAUCGAGAAACGGAAAGCUGAAGAGGAUCAGCCUCCGUCCGAUGAAGAUUAAACCCUCCCUCCUCUGUGUUUGUCUGUCUCGAUUAAAGUCUUUUUUUAUAGUGGAAUACUUUGAUGUUGUCCAUCAUCA